GGAGCUAAUUUAGCCCCUGCUGGAACGAACAGUUGUUGCCCAUUGAACUUUCCAGUAUCAAUUUCAAAGGCUUCAAGCAGAUGAGUCUUUAAAUUCCUUAUAUUCACGAGAGACAAUGAUCAAUUGCAACGCACCUGCUAGAGACGCACAGACAUCAGUGAGGUUUGGACAACCAUCCCCCCUCCAACCUUUAUCCAUGCUUGUGAUUUCCUCUUCUACCUCUUCCACUUUCGAGUCUGGAGCCUCCUGUACAUUCCUCCCAGGCUCUCGCCUUCACAAACUUCCAGGCUUCAAAAAGGCUUUGGUCGAGGACAGAUUCCAACCUCGUGACUACACGGCGGCCGUUGACAAGAUCAUGAAAUCUGGAAGCUCCUUUCUAACGGAGGAUAGAAAGGGCAAGAGCUAUCGAAACAUGAGGUAGGUUCUUGACAACUGUCAGCACAUUUUCUGGUGUUUCCCAGAUUUUCUGUUGUGUACGUAAGUUAAAAGGUUGCGUAUCUCAAUCUUCUCUAAGCCUAAAAAUUCAUAUAACUCCUUACUCUCACAAAGGUUCGCUCGUUCGUUCGUUGCUCACCACAUAAUAAACUUAACUGACACUUCCACUUAUUCCUGUCUCGAGAACCACGAGAAGAAACCCCAAGUCUCGUUAAACAUUAGGACAGUACAGACAAUCAAACCCCAGCCACACAUGAGGCAUGCAUCUUCGAAGCGCACAGCAAUCCGAACCAGAAUCCCCGAAACUCCCAAGAAGCUGCGGUCUCUGCAAUUCUUGACCGAAUUGAAAAACACCGAGCGGAGACGAAGUCCUUUCAAACAACCUGACCCGAAACAAUUUGCAUUGGUGGUAUUCGACGGGACCGGGUAGGUACAUGAACCCUGGAGCACGAAAACCGGACCCAAGAGGACGACGAGAAGGAUCCCCUUCCCCACCCGGGCAUUUCAUAAAUCCGCCACAGACCCGUCGAACGUCACACCGAGUCUCGGCAGGUCCCACUCGGCCCAUUAAAAGUCGCAGCGCUCGAGAGAACUCCAAUGAGCGAGCUCUCGAGGACGGCAGCCAUAGCCAGGGGGGCCAGAUUGUGGACCCGCGGGGCGGCUUUCGUCCUUGCGGGCUCGAGCCCCGAAAGAAACGAAGGAAGGAAGGCCUGGAGGAGGGCCAUAUUUUCCACGAUGAGCUCGGACAAUAAAGGGCCCACUUGCAUGAAUUUGUCGAUGGGCAUGGAAUUCUCCCUCGGAUUGAAAGAAGUCCGAGACCCACCUCGAUGGAAUAAUAUUGAGGGCCCUGUCUCGUGGACACGCACCUCUUUGGGAUGUGGUAGCCCUGGGGACGACAAGUACUUCGGGACGCUGCAUUGUCUUCACGUGAUGUGGGGUCGUACAAUAGUUCGAAGCUUAUGGUAUUGAAUCAAAAUCCGGGACUAUGUUGGGUAAGAAUUGAGAUUGACAUUCAUCUACGUGAGCGUUAUGACAAGGUCUCAAAGAAUGAGCCCAAUUUUCCUCCAGUAUUUCAAAGCUACGAAGGCCGGUAAGAACGUAUUCAUGGAAUCUCUUACGUAAUGUCAAGGACGGCGAGGACUACGUACCACCAGGAAACGUGUUUAGGACAUCAACAAAGUGUUGUGUAAAACACUUUGUUGCAUCCAGGUCUUUGUUUUUAUAUGUUAGACUCAUACGUAUUCGUGUUAAUUUAUUGUGAAGAUUCAGCCAAAAUCGAAGGAAUUAUAGGAUAGGACAUUAAAGGCGUAGAUGUUCAUGUUCAGCGAGGUCAAUUGGACCUUUAAAUUUCAACGUAGAAAAGGAGCAUCUUGUCCCACAUUAGUCGUUUUCAAUGACAUAUGC